CUUACUGAAGAUGACCUGGUCUACUUGGAGGGACAGAUUGAAACUAUCUCCCUUCAGAAACAAUGCCAGGCCUAUGAACUAGAGCUUGCUCGACUGGCGGAGGAACUCAGGACCAUCCUUCCUGCUCCCAUCAUUAAUAUCACCAUCAACACCCAGUGCCAGCAGCUCCCAAACAUGGAAUCUCUGCCUCUUCCUUGGUGGUACAAUCGUAUCUCAAAUAUAGUAAAGAGCAUGUCACUGCUCCUGACAAACCUCUCAGAAACAAACAGUGAGGAUGGGAUUAGUAAGAUGCCAAACACAGAUCUGGCAUCGGUAUUCACAUUCCAGCCAGAGAGGCAAAGUUCAAUCAGGGGACGAAGGCAAAAGGUGGAAAUGGAGAUCCAGCAAUCAGGAGUUUCUGUGAGAAAUCUGAGGUCCAACUUUGAGGGUCAGAUAGGAAACAUCUACCCAUUUUCUGGGCUUUUAAACAACACAUCAGACACAAGGCAGCAAAAACGGACUACAUCAACAAAUCGUAAGGAGCAGCCAACUCAAAGCACUGACCUAAAUCACAUUAAUGACAGUGGCAUAAAGUGCCAAAAGGCACCAGGCAAAGAUGCAAAUAAAGUGAUGGAGACCACCUGCUUGCGAAAGGAGCGUAUUGUUGUCCUCUUUUUGAGCCACUGGAAAAGGCCUGCGUAUGCAAUAUCAAUGCGAGCCAAGAUGAAACAAGAGCUUGGCACUCUUACAGGAGAAGGAAUAACAGCGCCAGUCUCCGAGCCAGGAAACAGAUCACUGUAUCAUCUUUACAGGCAAAGAACCGCAAUAGAGAAGAUGAUUGACAACUGGAAACGCAUCGCCUCAGGGGUCCCAUCACGACAGAUCAGGCUACAAAGGAAGCACGUGACUUACUCGCCCAAGCAGUUCCUUCCUCGUGUGGACAGUGCUCCUGUUGCUUACGACAGCUUGACUCUUGACUUGUUCAUGCUUGGCUAUUUUUACAUUCUUGAGCAGGAUCUCCCAGCUGAGGAGCGUAAGAUGAGGCACCUGCUAUGCUUUGAGGUGUUCGACCACGAGGGGAACUUUCCCUGGGAGACGGUCCGAGAUUUCCACCGGGCUGUCCUCAGGGAGAUUGAGGCUGGAAGACGUGAGUGGAAAGAUGGUUUUGAGGACAUCAAAAUGCAAUGCUUUGGGAAAAGAGAAAAUGGGAUAUCUAAGGAAUCCGUGAAGAAUUCUAAAGCUGUGCCACAGGUUAUCUUCGAGAAUACCGUAUCAAAUGAUGGAGGACAUCCCAGCAGAGAUGGAAGCAGUGAUUUCUCAAUGUUUAGUAAUGAUGAAAUUUGUAAAUAUAUUGAUCGCAGUUUCACCUUCUGGAAAGAGAAAGAAGCAGAGUUGUUUGAUUUUUUAGUUUUUUGAAUGCAGUGAUGGUUUAUACUGUAUCUGAAGAUGAUAUAAUUGACAAUUAUU